AUGGCCGGCAAUCGAAAUAUGUCUCUCACCAGCGACGCCGGGUCGUCCUUCUUCCCAAACAGCGGGCUACCCACGCCGGCUCUUAGUCCUCCUCAGUUUACGCGAUAUGCUUCACCUAUACACUUCCAGAUCCAGCCUACAUCCAGAGACAUAUCCACUCUGGUCCACUCACAAUACUCUACAAUGCCGGUAAUUCAGAAGCCCGGUAGGGUUCCGGAGGACGAGGAAACGGUGUGUAUCAAGCUGCUGGCACAUCUCAAAAGACACCGACGAGAUGAGACUGGACUCCUGGCAGCACAGGUUGAGUUGUUGAAGAAGAGCAAUGCCGUGGUACGGAGGAUCUUAAAAAGCAAGAAUGUCCGGUCAGACUAUGCAUGUCAACUGCUCCUCUCGAACGUGUUGGACAAUCUGGUGCGACUAUGUGAGCAGCUCUGUGAUCAGCAGUCAACGCUCAAGGUUGUCCCGAUCACGUCAGACGAUGUUUCGCAAUUUCUACAUGAUGAGCCUGACAUGGGGAUGGAGUCGAGUAUGCUUAAUGGCGGUUCUAUCCAGCAGCAACCACUGACUCCCCCGGACGGAGAGGUGCUGCCAAUCUUGGCCAAGGAUGUCUUAUCCCUCAACUCGACAGUGAGCGACAUGCUGAAGAAAAGGCCCUUGGAUGGAUUUCAGAUGCUGGGAAGACAUGAGACCUUUCACAUCGCGCUGGAGCAAAGACUGAUGCGCGUCAUCGCGGGGCUGUAG